AUGGCGAAUCAAUCGCUUCAAAACAUUACAGAAUUUACAGAGUUGGUGAGACGUAGUCAACGUGAAAGGAUACAGAAUGCCAAACUGAAGACAAUUGGACAGAACAGUAAGGAGAGACUCGUCUCAAGUGAAAAACAUAGGCAUACUCAAGAAUUUACAGAGUUGGUGAGACGUAGUCAACGUGAAAGGAUACAGAAUGCCAAACUGAAGACAAUUGGACAGAACAGUAAGGAGAGACUCGUCUCAAGUGAAAAACAUAGGCAUACUCAAGGUGCCUUCCUGAUCCCAUAUUUUAGUGGAAUACUGCUGUGCGCUGUUCCUAUCUUCUUCCUUGAGGUUUCCAUUGGUCAGUUCUCCAGCAGGAGUGCUGCUCACGUGUGGGCCUUGUGCCCUUUGUUUAAAGGCAUUGGAACCUCGCAGACAAUAGUUUCAUUCUUAGGCUCCGUUUCCUACAAUCUAACCAUUGUGUGGACUAUAUUCUAUCUAUAUAAGUCAUUUUGGCCAACACUGCCUUGGACAACCUGCGGCAAUUCGUGGAACACAGAUCUGUGUGUCAAAGAUCUCGGCAGCAACAUCACAUACAACGACCCCCAUCUGAAUCACACUGCAGGAAAUGUCCCCGGGGGUACAGGAGCUUGGAGAAAGCCAAACGAGUCCUUGACAGCAUCAGAGGAAUUCUGGCAAUACAAUGCUCUGAGGGUGUCCAAUGGUGUGGAUACACUUGGUUCAGUCCAGACCCAUCUAGUUAUAUGUGCUUUUAUCUCUUGGGCCGUUUUGUUUCUCUGUUUGAUGUUCGGAGUCAAAUCAGUUGGAAAGGUGUGGCUGGAGGCCUUGCUUCAGGCUUUCUACUCCAUGAAUACAUCUUUCGGCGGCCUCAUCACCAUGGGCAGUUUCAACCCUUUCCACAAUAAUAUGUUCAGGGAUGUUUUGGUUAUAACGAUCAUCGGUGAGUUAAGCAGUAUCUUCUGUGGUCUGGUGGUGUUCUCUACUCUUGGUUUCAUGGCCAGUGAGGCCCAGGUACCAAUAUCUGAAGUAGUAUCAUCAGGAGUAGGACUUGGGUUCAUCAUCUACCCUGAAGCUGUAGCCAAUCUGCCGUUUCCUCAAGUCUGGGCAGUCCUCUUCUUCUUCACACUGCUCACCGUUGGCAUAGACUCCUUGGGAGGAGUGUACUACUUCCAGUUGUUGGACUGGUACUCCUCGUCCUUCAACGCCCUUGUGACUGGCUGCCUGGAAUGUGUGGUCAUCUACUGGAUCUACGGUUCUGAUAGGUUCAGCAAAGAUAUAGAAAGGAUGACAGGCCGCCGUCCUCCACUUGUCUUGAGCCUUCUGUCGUCUUAUGUUACGCCCGUCAUUCUCUUGGCUGCUUUCAUCCUUUCCUUGUUUGGAUAUGAGCCGCCCAGCUAUGGAGAAUACAUGUAUCCGGAAUAUGCCAAAAUAAUAGGAAUUCUAGUGGCAGUCGGAAUCUCUGUACCAAUUCCUAUCAUGUUUGUCUACGAGACGCUCAAGCGGAAGGGAAGUUUACAGCAGCGCCUGCGCCUUGCCAGCAUCCCGGCACCAGACUGGGGUCCCUUGCGUGAGGAAGAUCGCUAUGAGGAGCAGUCAGUGAACCCAAGCAUUGGACUGAUGCCCCAGACAAAUGCCUUGACAAAUACAGAUGCUCAUGAGCUAAUGACAAAUACAUAAAGACACCUCAAUGAUAGUAUCAUAGUUCUUACUAUAAAGUAAGAAAGUUAAUGUUAUAUAACAUAUGGACAUUCAA